AGCGUAACAGCCAAGAAGCACAGUCUGGCGUUGAUCUAAGUUCUGCUACCUACUCAGACACGGAAAUGGCACUGCCUUCAGAUCGAGAAACUGGGCUACAAGACUAUCCUUUGUCGUCGGUCAUCGACACUGAUGUACUGGGCAACAACGUGGACACAGACGAAAGCUUAUGUCCAAGUGGUUGGUCUCACUAUAGAAACUUGUGUGUCUUCAAGCCGAUGACGAUUGUAGCCAUGUGCAGUUUCUUCAACUCGGUAGAGUUUCACGGACUGUGUAUUAAACAUGCCGGUAUCAAAGCUGUCUAUAACAGAGAUCUGGAGGUUGCACACCAUAAAGAAAAACGCAUAUGCUGCUGUGCUAACUUUAAAGCAAGAGGCAACAGGUAUGGCUGCUGA